AUGGAUACACGGAAUCCAUCACCCCCUCCAUGUACAGAUUCCGCCUGCGAAAUGUCUGACCACAUUGGUGAAAGCACUUAUAGCAAGAGAUGGCUGUACACCCUCAUCCUUCAAGUUCUCACUGCUAUUAGCACAACUGAGGAUGCGGCGCCUGCAAUCGAAGACAGUUUAGAAUCAUCGCUAGAAGAGGAACUCUGCUGUCUAUGGGACAUCACGUCAGAUCAGUCAUUGUUGCCCCAUCUCCGUGAAUUCCAACUUAUCCCAGUUUUCACGGAGUGCAUCCAUCGGAGCAAAUGCCCCAGGCUAAUCGAAAUCUCUCUCGGCAUUCUUGCUAAUUUAUCUUUGGAUGAUGUCGAAUGUAGCUUAAUAUCCGAAGAGCCUGGAUUCAUGACGAACACGCUGGCUCUGCUUGCUUCCGACGACACUCGGGUACUCAUCGAACUCUUUAGGCUCCUUCGCUCCGUUCUUGCCUCAAGACUCCAUCGUCAAGCUUGGUUAGAUUCCAUUCACUUUGCGCCAGAAUUUAUCGAUCGUGUUAACUUCAUUCUGUGCAGUUCGACAAACGGUUGGUCUGCUCCUCAUCUUAUUCGUCCUGAUUUAGCCAGCCUCUUGAUGAGCACAAUAAGUGCUGUCGAAACCAUUCUCCGAAUAGACGACAAUAUGUGCGAACUUUGGUGUAAUGAUGACUUGCUCAAUUCGUUACAAGAGGCCCAGAACCAAAUGUGCUAUUAUAGACUUUACCCGGGUUUCGGUGUCUUCCUCCGAAAAAUUUGCGAAGAGGAACCACAUUUGAUACCAUUUGAGAAGUAUACCACGGGCCUGAGGUUGAUUUUGCCCGUGAUCGAUGUGAUUAUGACAAACCUUCCAUCCAUUCAGUCACUGAAAGCCUUCACUUGUGAUGUGGAUAUCCUUCCAUGCCUUUUCAAAAUUGCUCUCGGGUGCUCUGCGAAAAAUUUUGCAUCAGGGGAUCUCUCUUUAGAAGGGCUUUGGAGCGAUUUGUCUAUCCUCUUUAAUGACCUGGUUAGCCGUGUUCAGGAAUACGUUCAGGAGUGCGUCUCCGAGGGAAUAUCGUCACCGAUCUCAAAAAAUCUGCUUUCCUGGCUUCAUGACCUCGAGAAGAGUGACGAUGAAAUGCGGGAGACUUUUGUUCACUGCUGCUUAAGUAAGCGUGCACGGGAGAAGGCGCAGGAAGACGCGGGUGGUCCUGCCGUUGAGGUUGCACGUGGUCGUUUGGUUUUUGUUUGUCAAUGUCUCUGUCUUCCCAAGCUCCUUGAAUGCUCUACCACAGACCACAAUUGA